AUGGUUGCGUUUGGAACCAAAGUAGGAAUAGACGUAACGAUAGAAUACACUGGUCAUCGAUCAAGAAAGCCACCCAGACGAAUUGGCGAGCAUUCCGAAAUAGCAACAGAAAUAUCAUUUAAAGAUUUCUACCGAAAGGAAAUGUACUUGGUUCUAGACUCACUUAUUACCGAGUAUACCGAUAACAUUAAAGAUUACAUCGACAAAAUAAAACCUCUUGGAGAGAGCUUACAGCUGCCGCUAGAAAGGCCGAUGGCUGAAACAGUUAAUGAAAUGUGUAGUCUUUUUCCACCGGCGGUAAAAGAUGUUGAUGCAGAAAUACUGCUGUCUGAGUUGGAAAUUUUCAAUAAUAUUGUGUCAUCACAACUUAAAUCAGAACCUAAAUCCCUUCAAGACGUUGCGUUAUUUGCUUUCAAACAAAAAAGCGUCUUUCCAACGGUGUGCAAGGCGUAUCAACUAUUGCUGACCACUCCAGUGUCCGUGGCAAAAGAUGAAAGGUGUUUCAGCAAGCUUAAGUUUGUCAAAAACUGCCUGAGAUCCACAAUGAAAGAUACGCGAUUAAAUGACUUUAUCGUUCUUGCAUGUGAAAAAGAUCUUACGGACAAUGUUGACUUAAAUAUUAUUUUAAAAAAUUGGGCAACUGCAAAGAUGCGAAAACUGCCAUUAAAGAUAUAA